AUGCAGUCACAAGCACGAUCUCGAAAUGAGCCACUUAAGGCUGGUCACCAGCUCUUGUCACCAACUUUUCAGCAACAAAUUCAACACGUGAGUUACAAGACGUCAUUGUCGCAAUGUGCCGAUAUUUCUACCGCAUGUACGACUUCAAUCACAACUGACAGCAAGGAGUCCAUCGACUUUAACUUUGAUAAGUUCACACUCGAGUCGGUGCGUGGAAGAAAGAGGUCAAUUGAGCACGACGCGUUUGAAAUGGCUGCUUGUCUAAAUUCAAAUAUCAAAUACACAAUACAAAAUCAGCAAUCUGACAAUUAUCACGCGUUCUAUUACGAUGAGAAGUCUAAGCCGAAUCCACUUAGUAGCAGCACGGGAAGUGUUCACACGACAACUACGACGGAAGAUCUCGAAUCGUCUCGACUUCGUUUUCAAAAUUCGUUUCAUAACUUAAGCCGCGAUGGAAAUGGUGAUAUGAAUCAAAGCACAUUUCACUUAAGCUCGACUGCAGCGGCGGCUGGCUUUCCAAUGGCAAAGAAAAAGCAACUGACAACAGUAUUGAUACGAGGGUGGUUACAAAAGCGCAAAGGACUUGUUCUAAAGCGAUGGAAACCAUACUAUUGUCUUUUCAAGAGUGAUGACAGUCUUUGUCUUUACGCAAACGAAAAUACAGUCAAUGGUAAACUAAAGGAGCGAUAUCAGGUAUUACGUGUGGUGCUCACAGACAAAAAUGAUUCUUUUCAUCUUAUUGGCGUUGAUGCUGAAGGUUCUCCGCGACGAGAAGAACUUCGAACAUCAAUGCCUUCCGAUUGGAUUCAUUGGGCGCAAGCAUUUGGUCGAUUCUUUGACUGUUCGUCAAUGGAGCAAGCUAUCGUUCGUGUGCCCCAAUUCACUUUUACGAAGACGUUGAUUUUUGAUGAACACACUAAUUCUCUUCAUGGGAGCUUAGAAGACCAGUCUCAAGACCAGCAACACAAUACUUUUGGUCGAUUUUAA